GGGGCGGGGCCAUAACUCGGCGGAGCGGGGCCAGUGUUGCGCGGCGCGGGCAUGGCGGCGGAGGUGGUGGUCGGGGCUAGCGUCCCGGGGCAGCCUCAGGGCGGGGCGCGCGGGGCCUCGGUGCGCCCCAAGGACAAGGUGCAUGGCUCGCCCUCCACGGGGAGCGACGAGGGGCACGAGGGGGGCUUCGGGGACGACUUCGACCCCUUCCACGACGACCCCGACGAACCCGACGAGGUGGACAGCUCCCUCUCGGCGCCCCCCGAGGAGAGCUGGUACCAUGGCAGGCUUGACCGGGCCCAGAGUGAGGAGCGGCUGCGUCAGUUCGGCAAGCUCGGGAGUUACCUGGUGCGGGAGAGUGACCGACGACCUGGAUCCUAUGUGCUCUCCUACCUCGGGCGCUCCGGCGUGUCGCACUUCAAAAUCACGGCGGUGUGUGGGGACUUCUACAUCGGUGGGCGGCAGUUCAACGCACUCAGUGACCUGGUCGGCUACUACACUGGGGUCUCGGACUUGCUCAAACGCGAGAGGCUGGUCCACCCCGUGCCGCCCCCGGAGCCCGUCAAUGACCUACGGAAGGUGGUCGCCAUCCUUCCCUACACCAAGAUGGCAGACACGGAUGAGCUCUCGUUCCAGAAGGGCGACAUCUUCUUCGUGCACAAUGAGCUAAGUGACGGGUGGCUCUGGGUGACGGCACACAGGACGGGUGAGCAGGGCACCAUCUUCUCCGACCUGGUGGAGACGCUCGACGACGAUAUAGAUCCCAACGUCGUCUUCUCCUGGUUCCACCCCGAUAUUACGAAGAACGAUGCGAUUGAUUUGCUAAUAAAGGCCGGUCAGGGGAGCUUCCUGGUGCGUCCGAGUGACAAUUCACCCGGCGACUACACCCUCUUCUUCCUCACCAACAACAUCAUCCAGCGAUUCAGGAUAGAGAAGAGGGGCGUCAAGUACCUCAUGGGGGGUCGCACCUUCUCCUGCCUCGAUGCCGUCAUCAACAGAUACAAGACCGAGCAGAUACUGGAGGGGCAUACGCUGGGGAGCCCCGUCUGUAAGUUCAUCGGCGGGGAGAAGCUUGGUCUCCCCAUCGUGCCUGUUAAGGAGGUGGAACAGCCGGAAAAGAUCUAUGCCACACUCAACGAAAUCCGCGAGAAGCUGGGAGUUACAAAAUUCAAGGGCAUCCAGAAACAAGGUUGGCUGUAUAAGAAGAGCAAAAAGAACAAGAAAUGGAAGUGCUUAUAUUUCGUUCUCACCGACAUCCUCUAUUACUACGACAAUCCCAAGCGCACCAAGCCCCGGGGCCUGAUCGACCUGAAUUGCUCGUAUCUCUACCAAGUACACGACAGCUUCUUUGAGCGGCCCAACUGUUUCCAGCUGGUGGAGAGAGAGCUGCCGUGUCUCUCCACUGUCACCUACCUGUGCUCGGAAUCUCAGGAACUAACGAACGAUUGGAUGGCAGUGCUCCGGCCGCUGUGUGUGCCGCAGACCGCCGGCCAGCCCAAAUUGCAGACCCUCAAGUUCAUGAAGAGCCUGCACCUCACCAUCAUGCAGGCCACGCGGCUCCCGGCCAAGAUUGUACCCAGCCCUUACUGCCUCGUGUCCCUCAACCAGGUCAAGGUGUGUCGGACGCGCCCCAAGCCCGGCCCCGACCCCGUUUGGGACGAGGAGUUCACGCUGGAUGAUGUUCCCUCCGAUGUGAUCAUGUUUACCAUCACCGUCUACAACCACGGCAAGCGCAGCAAAGACUCGGAGGUUGCGGAAGUGCGGCUUGAGUUGAACACCCUGCAGAACGGAGAGGAGGUGGAGGAGUGGUACCCCCUCACCGGGAUCACGCCUGUAGGGGACUGGGGCGCCAUACGACUUAGAUACAGGUACUUCCACGACCUCAUCAUGCCCUGUGAGGAGUAUAACAGCCUGAAGGAGUUGCUGCUUGACCCUAGCCUUGAGGCAGUACAGGCCCUGGCGGAUGUCUCCCACCGCGACCGGAACCCCCUGGCAACCUCCCUGCUCAGGAUCUUCAGGAAUGAGUGCCGGGAACAUGAUUUGCUCCAGCGGCUGACGGAACACGAGAUCGAGAGGGAGCACGAGACCAGCACACUGUUCCGGGCAGCCUCCCUCACCACCACCCUCCUGGACUUGUACAUGAAGGCAACCUGUACUGCCUUCCUGACCGAGGCCAUCAGCGAGACCAUCCACCGUAUCCUGGAGACCAAGCAGUCCUGUGAGCUCAACCCCAACAAGAUGGACAACCCCAUGGACGCUUGCGCCAAUGCCGAGUUCCUCCUGCGAGUUCUCGACGACAUCACACAGAGCAUCUUCUCCUCCGCCUCCGCUUGCCCCAUGCCUCUCCGCUACAUCUGUGGGUGCCUGCAGCGAAAGGUAGCGGAGAAGUGGCCUCAGGAUCGACUGGUCAAGACUAGGGUUGUCAGCGGCUUCAUCUUCCUCCGCCUGAUCUGUCCGGCCAUCCUCAACCCCAGGCAGUUCAACCUCCUCCAGGAGCCACCACAUCCCACAGCCUCCCGCUCCCUCAUCAUGAUCGCCAAGUGCUUGCAGAAUCUCGCCAACCUGGUGGAAUUUGGCGGCAAGGAGCCCUACAUGGAGGUGGUCAACCCCUUCAUCCUCAAGAACAAGGAGCGGAUGAUCUCCUACCUCGACCUGCUCUCGAGCGUGGGAGAGCGACCGGAUAUCGAGGAAAUGCCGACCAAGAGUGAGCCGUCGAGGGAUCUGGCGCAGCUCCAUCACAUCUGCGUCACACACCUCGCCGUGCUCUCCAACAAGGCAAAGACCCAGGUGACCCUCAAGAAGCUGGUGACGGUGACGGACAUGCUGAAAAAACACAAAGAAAAAUACCAGGAGAUGAUGAGGUGAUGUCGGCCCACCCCCGCCCCGGCCCCCGCCCCGGCCCCGUGGUCCCUCACCGUCAGCCCCGACGCCCCGGAAGGCCCCCCCCUGCUGGCCUAGUGCCUCCUGGGGCCGGGGAUGUUGAGUACAGUGCCAGAUUUGAAGUCAUGUGUGUAUGUGUGUGAGUUUUUGUGUAGGUAUGUGCGUAUGUGUGUGUGUGUGUGUGUGUGCGCGUAAAUUUUUGUGUAAGUAUGUGCAUUUUGGGAUAAUUUUACUGUGUACGUUCAUGUGCGUUCCGGGGUGAUUUUCCCGUGUGCGUGUAUGUGUGUGUGUGUGUGUGUGUGUGUGUGUGUGUGUGUGUGUGUGUGUGUGUGCCCCACGACUCGGUUCGGGGCUCCGUGACCUUGACCUCGGGGUGACCUCAGUGACCUGGCUUAGUGGGUGACCUCGCCCCGUGUGCCCCGCCCCGCCCUGACCCCGGGAGUGUGACCUUGGAGUGUGUGACCCCAGAGUCUGUGCCAAGUGACCUGACCUGACCUCUGACCUGCCGGCGGGGCGAAGGGGUGUGUUACGGUGCUAUGAGGGGUGACCUUCGCCCCGCCCCGCCCCGCCUCGCCCCGCCCUGCCCUGACCCGCCCCGCUUCCCGCUGCUGUGUUGGUGUGUGUGUGUUUGUUUGUUUGUGAUCGGUGUGUGCGAGCCUUUUUUUUUUUUUUUUUUUCUUUUUUUUCCUUCCUUCCUUCCUUCCUUUCUUUAUUUCCUCCUCCUCCUCCUCCUCCUCCUCCUCCUCCUCCUCCAUUUCUUCCUUUACUUCUUCCAAUUCUUCUUUUCCUUAUAUUUCCAUUCUUUUCUCCUCCUCCUCCUCCUCCUCCUCCUCCUUAUUUCUUCUUCCUUCCUCCUCCUCUUCCUUCAUUCACUUCCUCCUCCUCCUUUUCUUUAUCUCAUUUUUCUCCUUCUUUUCUUCAUACAAUUUCUCUCCUCCUCCUCCUCCUCCUCCUCCCUUCCUUCCUUCUCUUCCUUCCUCCUCCCCUUCCUUCAUUCACUUCUUCUUCCUCCUUUUCUUUAUCUCGCAUUUUUCUCUUUCUUCAUUCCUUCAUCAUGCAGUUUUCCUCCUCCUCCUCCUCCUCCUCCUCCUUCUGCAAGUUAAACGAAGCAAAGUGUUACGAAUUUUGUGUUGCAAGUCCGAACUUGUACACUCGAACAAGCAAUUUGUGUUCCGUGAGAGAGAGAGAGAGAGAGAGAGUGUUCCGUAAGCUAAUAUUCCAGUACUAUUUAGGGAGUUUUCCGCAGACUUGAGUUGCGAUUUCCGACUGCUGCCGUGUUUCCGAAAAGGUUCACCUCUCCUACUGAACCUCGAUGUUGUGUUGCGUUUCGUGUGUGUUGCAGAGCGGAAGGAAGGAAGGGAGGGAAGGGAAGGCGAAGCGUUUUGUGUGUGUUGCAGAGUUAGAGGAAGGAAGGGAAGGGAAGGAGAGAGAGGAAAAGAAAGUGUUUCGUGUGUGUUGCAGAGAGGGAGGAAGGGAGAGAAAGAAAGGGAAGGAGAGAGAGGAAUAGGAAGUGUUUCGUGUGUGUUGCAGAGUGGGAGGAAGGAAGGAAGAGAAGAAGGAAGGAAGGAAAGGGAAGCGUUUUGUGUGUGUUGCAGAGCGAAGUGACGGAAGGAAGGAAGGAAAAGGAAGGAAAGAGAAGGAAACAAAAGAUAAAAUGAAAGAGAGAAGGCUUAAAAAGAGGAAGAAGAGGAAGAGAAAAUGAGAGAAAAAUACGAAAGAAAGAACAAGGAAGGAAGGGAGGAAGGAAGGAGAAGGAAGCAAAUGAGAAAAAGGAAGAGAGAGAGAGAGAGAAAGCUGAAAGAAGGAAGGAAAGGAAGGAAAAGGAAAUGAAAGGAAAGUAUGACAGAGAAAAUAAGGAAGGAGGGAAAGUGAAGGAAAGGAAGGAGGAGGAAAAGAUGGAGAGAAGGAUUGAGAGAAGAAAAGUAAUACAAAGAGGAAAGGAAAAAUAGAGAAAGGGAAACAAGAAGAGAAGAAGGAAAGGGAAGGAAAGGAGAAGAAAGGAAAAGGGGAGGAAAGAAGAGAAGGAGAAGGCAGGGAAAGGGAAAGAAAGAUGAAAAGAAAGAGAGGAAGGGGAGGAAGAGGACAAGAGAAGAAGGAAGGAGGAAAAGAUGGAGAGGGAAGGAAAAGAGGAAGGGAAGGAGAAGGAAAUGAAGGAAAAGUACAACAGAGAGAAGAAGGAAGGAGAGUGAAGGAGGAAGAGAAGGAGGAAAAGAUGGAGAGAAGGAGGAGGCAAGGAGAAGGAAAUGAAGGAAAAGUACAACAGAGAGAAGGAAGGAGAAGGGAGAGUGAAGGAAGAAGAGAACGGAAGAGAAGGAAAAGGAAGAGGAGAAGGAGGAGGAGGAGGCAAGGAAGGAAAAAAAAGAGAGAAAGGAAGAAAACAAGAAGAAAAAAAACCAUCCAUUAUAAAAAAAUAUGAUUGCGUAAAAAAAAAAUUUGUUUGACCACCGAAGGAAAGAAGAAAAAUAAAAUAGUCCCCCUCUCCACACACACAAAACAAAAAUAGUAC